AUGGCAGAAAGACUGGUGGAACAACGUGAGGAGCAUGCAACGUUCGCCGCGCGGCUCAGCGCCCUGGCCGAUGCCUUGGAUGGCUCGGCGCCCGAGUCCAGGUGCUUGCCGGACGCGGCAGGCGCAACAGAUGAGGACGAGCAUGAGGAUGAGGAGACGAGCCCGGUGCCUCUUCCCCUCGCGCCGAGCCACGACGAGCUUGCCUUGGACGAGCCAACCAGCGAAGAGGACGAGGAACCCAAGCCUCGGCAGCUUCCAGCGCCUUCGUCGAGCGGUUUUGUGACCAAUCUGCUGUUGAGGAUCCUCGACUGCGCGAGUAAGAGUCAAGACAGCCUGCAAUCGAAGCAGCUGGUGUGGGAGAGAAGUGCGGUGCGACACCUGGACGACCGUGAAGAGUUCCUCGAUGUGUUUAAGUCUGCUGCAGCCGUCAAUGCCGCUGCGGCGCAGCGCGACUACAAGGCCACCAUCGCCGCGAGCCGUCCACGAAAGGGAACACAUCACCGUGGAGAUUCGGUCUACCCUCGCAUCGACUACCGGACCAUCACGGGCGUCGAGGUGUCCGGUGUGGUGCGAAAGGGAUGGAAUUUGGAAGAGGAGAGAAACCUGAUCCACACAUGUUGCAAAAAAACGGAUUCCGCAUCAAUGAUCAUCAGCGCAAACGGAUGUCAUUGGGGAGACCUGGUGCCAAUUGGGACAGUGGAGGAUGGCAGCAUCGCAGGUGAGAUCGUGAACGUGAACCUCUCAGAUGGUAGUGUCCGUCAAGGGCAGAUUUUGGAGGUGAACAAGAAGAAGGCGAUUGUGCAGGUCUUUGAGGGGACCAGCAACAUCGACAAUAGGGAUUGCCACAUCGAGUUCACGGGAGACACCUUGAAAAUGCCCAUCUCCGAUGACCUCAUGGGCCGUGCCUUCAACGGAUCAGGGAAACCCAUCGACAAGGGGCCCACGGUGCUGGCCGAGGAGUUCCUGGACAUCGGCGGAGCUCCGCUGAACCCGAAGUCGCGGGUCUAUCCCAAGGAGAUGAUUCAGACCGGGAUUAGUGCCAUUGACACCAUGAACUCUGUGGUGCGCGGGCAGAAGCUGCCGUUGUUCUCCGCAGCUGGCCUGCCCCACAACGAGAUCGCGGCACAGGUCUGUCGGCAAGCAUCUCUGGUGAAGGGCAAGGAUGUGCAGGACCACAGCCAAGAAAACUUUAGCAUCGUUUUCGGCGCCAUGGGUGUGAACAUGGAGACGGCGCGCUUCUUCCGGAACGACUUCGAAGAGAACGGUUCCAUGGAGAAUGUGGUGCUCUUCAUGAACUUGGCCAAUGAUCCCACCAUCGAGCGCAUCGUCACCCCGCGCUUGGCAUUGACCACGGCGGAAUACUUCGCGUACACGCGAGAGCAGCACGUCUUUGUGAUUCUGACUGACAUGAGCUCCUAUGCGGAUGCCUUGCGAGAGGUGUCAGCAGCGCGUGAAGAGGUGCCAGGACGACGAGGAUAUCCCGGUUACAUGUGCCCUUGGCAGUUCACGACUUGUCCACGAUCUACGAACGUGCGGGCCGAGUCGAGGGGCGCCGCUUGGGACGCAGAGCGGCGUAGCGCCACGGUCGCGGACAUUACACAUCCGAUUCCGGAUCUCACUGGCUACAUCACUGAGGGUCAGGUCUUUGUGGACCGAGCCUUGCACAAUCGACAGAUCUACCCGCCGAUCAACGUGCUUCCAUCCUUGAGCCGAUUGAUGAAGUCGGGCAUCGGCAAAGGGAUGACGCGAGAUGACCACCCCAACGUCUCAGAUCAGCUCUAUGCCAACUAUGCCAUCGGCCAGGACACCCGCGCCAUGAAGGCCGUCGUGGGCGAAGAGGCCUUGAACGAGGACGAGCAUAAAUUCCUGGAGUUCACGGACAAGUUUGAGCUGAAGUUCCUGACCCAGGGCGCUUAUGAGAACCGUGAUGUCUUUACUUCCUUGGACAUCGCAUGGACCUUGCUCCGGAUCUUCCCGCAGGAGUUAUUGAAGAAGAUUCCCCAGAAGCUGAAGGACAAGUACUAUGACCGGGAGAAGGAAAUCCAAAAGGCUGUGCAAUCGCUGAAGUGA